AUGUCUAAUAACAAGGAGAGCUCUCAUGCCGCCGAGACUCCCGUUUCGGCUCAUGAUGCGCAAGGUCCUGGCGUAACACCAGGACUUGGAAGUCCAGGUGUCCAGCGAAUCGAGGCUCUUUCAUCUCACCUACAUAUCCUCGACCGUGUGUUUCUCUUCUGUGGAGAUUUCCUCAUUGCCUAUGUCUACGGCCUCGAUAGCCUAUUGCGGGGCACUUAUCAGCCAUACGCUACGGCAUCAUAUGGAUCACAUAGCACCAUUGUUGAGGCGUCUUCGAGUACGGUCGAGCAAUUUGCUGCGGGCGCUGUGCUUUACCAGAUUGGAUACACGGCUAUUAUUCUGCUCGUUGAGGUUUUGGUUGCGGACGUCACGUCGCUUCGCUCUCGUCUGCUGUUUUCAUAUAUUCCAACACUUCCGUUUUUGAUCAACACUUGGAUUAGUGGAAACAUAACUGGGGCUGUGCUGAAAGUGACCACAUGGCGUUGGGGAAUCGGCAUGUUUGCGAUAAUCUAUCCCAUCUGCACGCUCCCUCUUCUCAUGGUUCUCUACAUUGUGUACCACAGAGCCAAGAAGGAUGGUACAGUGGAUCAUAUCGCAGGCGCAUUUCGCACGUUGGGUGUUCGGCGCCUGGCGAUUGAGUUGUUUUGGCAACUGGACGUGAUUGGUAUUAUCCUGAUGAUCGCUUUUCUUGCCAUGAUUUUGGUACCUCUCACGAUAGCCGGCGGCCUGGAUUCUCAGUGGAAGAAAGCAAGGAUCAUCGUUCCUCUCGUUCUGGGGCUGUGUUGUAUUCCGGCAUGGGUUAUUUGGGAGAGAACCUGCAAGCAUCCUAUGGUCCCAUUCAAGCUUCUAAAGGAUAGAGCCGUCUGGGGUGCCUUGGGAAUUGCUGUCAUGUUGAACACCGCAUGGGCUCUUCAAAGCGAAUAUCUAUACACCGUUCUCAUUGUUAGCUUUGGUGAGAGUAUUACAAGCGCAACGAGGAUAAGGUCCCUUUAUAGCUUUGCCAGUGUUCUCACUGGAUCCAUUCUAGGCCUUGUAGUCUACAAGGUCAGACGACUCAAGCCAUUCAUCGUUGGAGGUACAUUGUUGUUCAUGGUGGCAUAUGGUAUUCUGAUCUACUACCGCGGAGGGCCCGCAUCGUCCAGUCAUUCGGGGAUAAUUGGCGCCCAGAUCCUUUUGGGGAUUGCUGGAGGAUUGUUUCCUUACCCUGCGCAAGCCAGCAUCCAAGCUGCCACCAAGCAUGAGCACUUGGCCGUCGUCACCGGAUUAUUUCUAGCCUGCUACAAUAUCGGCACCGCAAUCGGAGGAAGCAUUUCUGGAGCCGUCUGGACCCAGGUUCUCCCCGGAGAGCUAAACAGUAGACUCGGUAACGCCACAAUGGCAACUCAAGCGUAUAAGGAUCCGUUCACAUUCAGUGCUACUUACCCAAUUGGGACCCCGGACCGUGAUGCCGUGGUAGCUGCUUACAAGCAUACGCAGAGGCUGUUGUGCAUUACCGGCAUUUGCUUGACCAUGCCGCUGGUUGCAUUUUCUCUCUGCACCCGCAACUUGGUUCGCGACUCCAUUUGCUUCAGAUCAAAUAUUGGAUAUUCGCUGAUCAUGUCUUCUGAUUUCGAUGCUAUUUGGGAGGACCUUCUGGCGGAUUUGAAGACACUACCUGCUAUCUCGUUUGAUGGAUUUGCCCGCCGAAUUCAUUUCCGAGCUCGCUGGAAUAGUGACUUCAACAGUCUGAGGAAGUACAUUGGCACUGACCAACCAUACCCUGCUGGCGAUGAAAGUCACAAUCAGGAGCUUGAUGGCAUGGACACAGGAAGUGAAUUCAGCAGGCUGGGAAAUUGGUUUCUUACUGCCGAGUUCAUGAGCAUUGAUGACGAUGGCUAUUGGCAGGAAUAUCUAGCAAUGCAACUUUUCCCGUUCAUUAUCUAUCCCAUCUUUACCCCAGAAGUACUCCGCGGUCUCAUGUCGAUGUGUCUUGCCGAGCAUCUCAAUAGUAAAUUCAAAAGCAAUGGUCAUCCUAGCCUCAUGGAGCUAGCAAACACUACCGGCUUCGCGGACUACUUCAUCAACAGAAUACAGACCAAAUCUUUCAUCAUUAACCUUGCCUUGACUGAUCCCACAAGGUCAGAUCAUUUGUUUAGCAUUUCAACCCUUCUGGUCGCGGACUAUCUGUAUUACAAAACGGCUUGGCUUGACAUCUUUAAACUGCUCUCGAAAGAGAGACCAAGCUUUAAAGCACUCCAUGCCUGGUCUCUUGUGACAUGGAAUGAGCAGGAACGGGGAGAUGGAGUGAAGACAGAUAACAUUGUGAAGAACUGUGGUAUAGCCGCGACAAUGGCAUAUUGUUCUGUGCUAGGCUCGCUGUCGACUUUCGAUGCACUGAACUUCUUCUACAAGGCAGUAAUAGCUGCGAUUGAUACAGAUUCAUUUCCAGAACUUCGCCCGUACCUCGACAGCAUCCAAGCAAGUCUGAAGAGGUUGAUUGACGAAGCCGCCAUCAUCAACGAAUUCGUAAGCUACUCCGAGAAGCUUUACACGACCUUCUACCACAACAUGUCCGAGAAUUGGCGUGAUGGAACUGGGUCAACAAGGGUUAGGCUCGCCCAUCCCGUCCUACUUUUAUGUGGACAUUAUGGAUUGAGGAAUCUAUCUCCGCUUAUACCGGUGGAAUUACAAUCUAGUCUCUUAUCUGGAACGAACCUGAAUCUUUCUCAAAGUGAAUCAAAGCAGAUAGAGGCCGUUGCUAACAACAACCGAUUCCUUGUGUCCACGAAGCCGCCGCGAUAUAGCCACGAGGGGUAUGGCACCGUGGCGUCGAAGUCUCUGAAAGUGUGCUCGGUCGGCUUCAACGGUGAAAAGCCCUUUACAACACCAUCGCAGGUGUUCUACACUACUACUGGACUUCGAGCGGUAGACCCAGGUUCCGCCAAAGCGAGUUGUCCACAUGCCCAUAUUGGACCGCUGAGAAGGGGACACGUUAUUUAUCGCCUGGCUGGCAACCCCGAUGACUAUAAGUACGAGGCAGUGGAAAUAAGUUCCAUAGAAGUGGGCCCAGAAACAGAGCAGAACGUAUACAGCGUGUCACUGUGGGCAGGCGAGCAAUCGCAUCACGCGAACGGUUACCUUCUUGCCAUCAAUGAUCCCAACAGAGCUGUGGAAGCCGCGGCCCGUGCCCUUCGUGCCUUUCCACCGAAGAAGCGGAUUUCACUUCUGGUAUCAUUUCACGAGCUCAGUUCCACGUUUACGAAGAACGACAUUCAAGCUAUCCAUGAGCGACUGAACUUCGAACUCUUUGGAAGUUAUGGGAAAAGAGAGGAAGGUCUAAUUUCACGGUCCGAAAUCUUCCCGGCCCUGGUCUCUCCAAGUGACCAGCUAAAAGCGAUGAAAUACAACCCUCGACAACUACCCAAUGGUGUGCCUCUGGACAUGAUACAAAGGAGAUUUUCACUGUUAGCAAUAGGCGACUCCAACUUGCCUUCGGCUUACACGCUGCCCGACUUGAGCGUCAUAGAUGACUGUAUUCUUAUAAAUGACGUGCCUCAGAUGAGAUGCAAGGUGAACCACCAUAGGAGAACGUUUCAAUGGACACGCAGAGUUCAAGAAAAUAUGUUUGAACAUGGGGUUCUAUCACUUUACUCUCACGGGCUGUCGGGUAAGGGUGUGGUACUCAUUUCUCCCACAGAUGCACCAGAAGAUUGCUCAAAGAAGGAUGUCCAAGCAUUUGAGGCAUUGCCCAAAAGUGUAGCAAAAAACAUCCAGCUGCUUCACGCCAAGCGGCAAGCGGGCGAACCUGAAAGCGACGAUGAAGGGGAAUACAUACCUGUUAUCACAGUUUCAAUGCAAUACGACAAGAACACAUGGGCCCCGGAUGAACCAAUAGAUGAACCGAAGGAUCCUAUGUCCGGUAUGGACGUGCAAUGGGGUUUUCUGUACCCACCUGAUGGAUCCCAGACCACAGAAACGAGAGUACCCAUUCUUGACGAGCUCAGAGAUCGACUCAACGAAAAAUACAAUCGAGAGUUUGAGAGGCUUUAUGAUAGCUGGGAGGUAAUACUGGAUGAUGGCAGGACCAGAGCAACCGUGGAAUUUAACCUUGCAAGCGUCGUGCCUUUUAUCUCCGAUGCUGGAAUGGACGUCAACACUCUGAAUGUGAAUUUCAAGUCCCAGUUGGGGAUCGAUAUCACUCUUCCGAUUCUUUUCCAGUCAUUUUAUAUUGACUAUGAUGUGGACCUGCGCACGGUCAAGGGGGCCAUAUUUGACUACAAUCCUCUGAUGCGUGACACAAAAGGAGAUAGGCAUUACAUCUGUGGGACUUCCGACAUUGAUGAUUCCGAGAUCUAUGAUAUGCGGUUGAAGACAUCUAGAGCGUUUGCAGAUUGUGCGAACUUGACUGCGCCGACAUCGUUCACGUCGGCCUUACACCCAGCAGAAGUGACCGAACAGUUGCAUCUGCUGCAAGAGCCUACUGUCGACGAACUUCUCAACCCGUAUGGCUAUGAUGAGGUUGCACGCGAAGAUGUGACCGGCCAGGCCAAGCCCACAAACUUAGAUUCGAGUUUGGCGGAAAAUCUCCCGUCAGACCUGCAGAAAUUCUUUCGAGAGAAGUACGCCCCGGCGUUUCUAUGUCAGUCGGUGAUGCGCUAUGAAAAGUAUGAGGAUAAGUUCACGGAGCAGGAGAAGAAGAACAUGCGGUAUUGGUGGGACGGAAAUGGUGACAAGUGUCUUGCAAAGUCCAAGGAAUAUGCAGAAAUCAACCGCCGGGCUUCUGUUGAAGCCGUUCGACAAUUUAAUAAAGACAUACUCGAUAAAUAUCUCGACGAUAACCCGACGGAGUGGGCCUGCACUCUUUACGCCGCUCUGAAGGAUAAGGGGCGAAUGUUGACGUAUCUAGCACAUCCUAUCCAGGGCAGCGUAAAUGUGAUCAACCGCGAGUGCUGUAUCCUUGACGCAUUGGCACCAUCGGAGGGAAUAGCUGAUCAGUGGUUCGAAUACUUCGUUGGCUUCGCCAGUGAGCGCCAUAUUCACUAUCCAUACAUUGAUCCAGACGAGGACCUGGCUGGUCAAUGGUUACAUGAUUCGAUGAAGGAUCUCAUUCAACGUGUCCUUGAGGGAGAUCCUUCCGUCGAUGAGGAUGUGCGCAAGGGGUUGGAAAAAGACAUAGAAGAGUUUGAAAAGGCGAAUGGACUUGAUCAAACUGCAACCGCUGAGGCCAGGGCCAGCAAUAUCGUGGAGAAGGGGGCGGUGUUCUUUGCAGAAGCGAAGAAGUGGCUGACCGCGGUAGGCAAAGGCCUUGCGGUUGCUUUGCAAGGAACGAGGUUGUUUCAAUUGGCGGAAGCUAGCUUUGAGCAGGUGACAAAAGCUAUCGGUGACAGCUUGCCAGGGCUUAAGAAGCUGAAGCCAAUUGCUACUAUAGGAAUGGUCGCGUUUUACGUUUUCCAACUUGCGUCGAGUCUCUAUGGGCUGAUCACAGAUUGGGACACCAUGGAAGACGCUAAGAAAGCUGUGGUCAUAUUGGAGAUGAUACAGACCGUUGUGAAUGGCAUCGGUCAGGCUCGUGAUGCCUGGAAUAAUUACAAAAACAGAGAUACUGCCACAACUCCAGAGGACGCCUUAGAUACCGCCACUCUAAACCAGGGGGUGGAGAAGUCAGUUUCUGAAAGUGGAGGCGGGCUCGCUGAGAUGUCCGACGAGAUUAAUGGCGAAGGCACAUUCAACGAGAUUGUUAGCGACCACUUGCUCCCAGAGGGCCCAGCUACCGAAGGCGACAAUGCAGGACGUUGGAACGAAGGCGCCGAUAAACCGCCAGAGAAUAUUCCAGCCGGUGGGGAGGAUGUGGUGUCUAAGUGGAAUGUAUCUGGAAAUGCUGUCAAGAUCAUUAAUGCUUUCUUGGGUAUUGGGCUAGUUAUCGCAAUGACCUUCAGUUUGGUCCAGGACUGGGAUAAAUUGACAACGGGAGGAAAGAUCAUCAACACGAUCGCGCUGCUUUCGCAAACACUCACCGUGGUUUUGGAUAUUGUGGAGGUGGGCUCAUCCAUUGGACUCUAUACAGUCACAGGGGUAUUUGCCACAGCUUUGCCCAUACUCGGGGCUGUGCUCGCGGUUCUUGGCGUUGUGAUGAUGCUGAUCAACCUGUUUGUGAACUUGUUCGGUGGCUCCCCACCUCCCGACCCGGUGCAUGAAUUCAUCGACCAUGUAGCCAAAUGCCUAGUUGGGGGAUUUGAAAAGGCGCCUCCGCCGAAACUUGACUAUACCAUCUCCAGCGUCACCUAUGAAUCCGGCAAAGUGACCGGCAUCACCAUUAAGGGCGAAAACACCACAGCCGAUGAAAUCAGCAUCCCGAAUGCACGCAUUAUCGUGACCAGCGGCAGCGACGACGUCUGUCUGUUCUCUACGAGUGAAUUUGAGCUGGUGGAGGACUCAGACCCCGACAAAGACUCGGAUGGACAUCUCUAUGUGACUCCGAACAGUAAAGCCGAGGGCACCUUAUCCAGUAGCGUCCUCGGUGAUGAGACGGAAUACCAUGAAUAUGAUCUAGUAGUCGGAGGAAACAAGAAGGAUACGGAGAACAGUUUGCACAAGCUGAUCCUGCAAGCGAAGGAGAGCUUCACAGCAGUCUGGACGGGAAAGAUCAACAAAAGCGGUCGGAGUCUGGUCGAGAUCAUUGAGAAAUCGGAUCUUGACAAAUGCCAUGUUCAGUACACGGUGUUGAGAAUCUGA